AUGCCUUCUAAGGAAGAUCCUCUCAACCUGGGCGGCGGCGGCUGGUCAUCCUCUGCCCCGUUUCGCACCUGGUCUUCCUGGAACAGAAGGCGCAGCGGCGCUUGGACUUACAAUCGGUGGCACCACUAUCACCCCAACUCCGCUUACAAGCCCCCGAGGAAACAGCCGAAACAACAGCACGGGCAGGGCCCGUGGUUCCAACCGCCCCAAAGUCCCUACUGGGCCGUGCACUCUAACCGGCGGCCCUGGGGAGGGCCCUGGUGCCCACCUCGGGCAGGACACUGGAAGCCCCCCGGCCGGAUGCGAGUGAUCCGAGAGAGUGGCUUGCACCCGCUGUGCCUUUGCUGCUGCUUCUGCUGGCUGGGGCCCUGGAACCCCGGCUGGGCGAGGUCCCAUGGCAAGAAGAAGUGCUGGGACCACAGGGGCUGCCGCCCACCCUGCCACCCACGCCGUUCCUGCUGGAGGGGCCUACCAGUGGAUCUCAGCACGCUGCUGCGGCCCGUCAACCUGUACGGGUGGCGGGCACCCGGCAUGCGAGCGCCGCGCAACACCACCCAGUUCAUCAUGAACCAGGUCUACGAGGACAUGCGGCAGCAAGAGAAGCUGGAGCGCCAGCAGGAGGCGCUGCAGGCGCAGCGAGCCCGGGCGGACGGCCCCGUCUCCUUGGACGGCUCCUCCUCCGGAAAUGACGCACAGCCCAGUGGUGGCGAGGCAGGGGCGGAGCUGCCGGAGCUUUUGUUUAGCUGUGUGCAGAAUCUCUCUUUCGGUUUCAGUCCUGACCCGGAGGUGGAAAACCAGUGCUCCUUCCCACAGCCGGUGGAGGAAGAGGAGAAAAAUGAUGAGUGUGACCAAGAGAAGUGUGAUGGGAAGGAGGAGGAGAGCGAGGAGGAAGAUGAAGAGGCAGAAGCCCAGGAUGAAGAGGAAGUGGAGGAGGCUGGCUCUGGGAAGGAAGGGGAGGAGGAAGAGGAAGAGGAAGAG